AACCGCAUCUCUCAACCAGUUUGCCAGGGGAAGCAGAAGAACACACAUCCAAACCUAUCACCGCUGAUAAUAUCCGAUACGUAACGGGUACUCAAUCAGCAGUUAAUAAUCACCAAUUUCACUAGGUGGAAAAUUUAUUUUCUCAGUAGACCGCUGUCAAACUACGUAAAAGGAAGUAGUCAGUGUGCCAUUGUUUUUGUAGGACGAAUGCAGCAGUGCCGACACUAUCUCCGAUUCGGCUGUCAACAAUAUAAACUACAGUACGGCUCAUCGAAAGAACGUGCACUUUUUGGUAGUUUGGUAGCGAUAUCGGCUACAGAGCCUACGGCCAGUGGUACAUCCGUUGCACUCGGAAACGGAGUGCCAGGAGUUGAAAUCGGUCGACGCAACAGUUUACCGGCGCCACCUGUCUUCAAACCUGUACUCAAACACAUACAGGCAAACAGCGUAGCCAACGGAGUCACUACCGGUAACAACACAAAUCCGCAACCGCAGUCUGUCAGAAUGACACACGACAAAGUAACAACAGUAAACCAUGCCAAACAAACGUGUGAAGCACGUGACGUGCUCAAUAGGGCACAAAUCGUUUGUUUCGAUGUCGAUUCGACCAUUAUCACUGAAGAAGGUAUUGAUGAGUUAGCACAGUUUUGCGGCAAGGGUAGCGAGGUUGUAGCACUAACAAAAGAAGCCAUGGGUGGCAGUAUGACGUUUCAGGAUGCCUUGAAGCGAAGACUCGACAUCAUUAAACCAUCGCAAAAACAGAUUCGCGAGUUUUUGAAAACCCGUCCGAGCACGGUUUCUUCUGGGGUGCGAGAGUUAAUUGAUCAGUUGCGACAAAACAAUGCCGAAAUCUAUAUGAUCAGCGGAGGAUUUGAUUGUUUGAUUGAACCGAUAGCUGAUGCACUGGAAAUUCCUUUAUGCAAUCUAUUUGCCAACAAGCUGUAUUUCCACUUCAAUGGAAGUUACGCUGGUUUCGACAUUAGUCAGGUUACUUCCAAAUCCGGCGGUAAAGGUGAGGCCAUCAACAUUAUAAAGAGCCGCUUCAAGAGCAAUAAGAUAGUUGUAAUGAUUGGCGAUGGAAUGACCGAUCUGGAGGCUAGUCCACCUGCUGAUUACUUCAUUGGUUAUGGAGGUAAUGUCGUAAGGGAGGAAGUCCAGAAACGAGCAACGUAUUAUGUUACUAACUUUGCUGAUCUUCUGUGGUGAUCAGGAAGAUCCUCUAAAACUGUCUGUAAAUAACCGUUCUAAGUAAACAAAUAUUUCAGAUUAAUUCAUACAAACCUUUCGAGGGUAUUCGAAAUUAAUUCAUACAAGUAUGCUGAGAUUUUAAUUAUUAUUGUUGACAAUAAGUUAGCGUUAGAAAUUAGGUUUAAGAGUAAAGAACGAAUGAAACAUAUAGCAAAUUCUACCGUACAA